GACACACAAUAAAAAGAGCCCACCGAACAACUUCGCAUCCUUCCACUCUUGAAAUUCUGCUGUUGCGUCUUCCAAAGAGGCCACCUAACAUCCAAAAUGCCUGCCAACCUCAGUGGGACGUGGAACAUGGUCAGCAAUGUCAAUUUUGAGGGCUACAUGGUUGCACUUGGUGUUGAUUUUGCAACGCGCAAGAUUGCUUCGAUGUUGAAGCCUCAGAAAGUGAUUAAGCAGGACGGACAUUGCUUCACAAUUCAGACACUCAGUACUUUAAGAAACUACGAGUGUUCAUUCAAGACCGGAGAGGAGUUCGAGGAGGUGACGAAAGGAAUGGACAACCGCACCUGUAAGUCUGUGGUCAACUGGGAAAAUGAAAAGCUGGUGUGUGUUCAAAAAGGAGAAAAGGGAAACCGAGGGUGGACUCACUGGCUUGAGGGAGAUGAGCUUCAUCUGGAGCUCACUUGUGGGGAUCAAGUCUGCAAACAAAUUUAUAAAAGGACUCUGUGAUUAAACUCACAAAGUGAA